AUGUCUUGGUGGAGAAAAGAAGAGGAGGAGGAGAAGGAGGUGGCUGAAGAGCUGAAAGUGGUAGAAGAGGACACAGAGAAAGAGAGCAUAGUUUCCUACUCCCCCCUUUCUCCUCAGACUUCAAGCACAGAGGAGGUCCAAGAGCUGAACAAUGCAGAGCAGAACUGGUUCUGGGGCUGGCUCUCGCCUUUCUCCCUCUUCUCCGGUUUGACCACACUGGCAGACAGAAAGAUGCCCCCAGGGAACACAUGCUCCGAGUGCGAGAUCCUGUUCUGCAGGAAGUGUGAGGGGCUGCACUACAACCCGGGUUUCAUAGAGCACUGCAUCCUGGGCCAUGGCAAGGAAGAGCCAGCGGGCAGGGGCUCGGGCCUCAUCAGCCCCAUUCUGAGCGCAGAUUCCAUCAACCUGGCUGUCGUUCCAGGGGGAACAGAAGAUGAAGAAAUAAAGAGAAAAUGAAGUGGC